AUACAUUAAAUUAUUCUUUAAUAAAAUAUUUUUUUAUUUUCAACUUCAUUUCUAUAAAUUAUCUACGGUGUAUAUCAUGAGAUAUUUGUAAUUCAUGAAUAAUUCUUAUAACUCUCAUAUUCAUUAUAAGUUUAACUGAAAAAUAUAUACCUGCGCCAGACAAUAAGAAGGGUCGAAUAUGGUAUGAGGGUACAAUAAUUCUUGUCCUCGAGUUAUUGUAAACUGUACAUCGAUUCGAGCUCUGUUGGCCCACCGGAAGAAUAGUCAUGUUGUUGUCCUUGAACCUAUGUUAGUCCCACCACUUUUUCAGAAGCUUGACUAUAGCAGUUAGUUUCUGAAUUUCGACACGAACAGACGUAUUUGUGCAGUGAAAUUUACUUUAAAAAUUGUUUUAUAAUUUAUAAAAUGUCAUCAAGCGAAGCCAGUUCUUCUCAUGGAGAUGAAAACACUCCUGAUACAUCCUUACAUAGUGAUUUAUCGAAGCAACGGCUAAAAGAUGGAGUAGUGUAUUAUGAAGGUUUACUUCUUGAAAGUGAUUUAAUUGCAAAAACAUCUUCUGACACUCUAUCUGAAGAUGCUAUGUUGAUUGGUAGAGAAUUAUAUGAUAAUACGUUAGAUAUGUUAAAUAAAAAGAAGUUCGUAAGCGAUCAAGAAUUGAUUCAUGCUCAAGAAGAAUGCCCAGACGGAAAUUUUGAAGCAGUAGAAGAUAAUUCAGUUGAUGACUAUGUUCCAGAUGAAAAAAAAAAACAAAAAAUGAUGGAUUAUAUUCCUCUGGAAUAUAAAAUUAAAGUUUUAAACAUAGCAAAAGCUCACCCUUCAUGGAAACUAGAGACAUUACAAAAAAAUGGAUGUAGUCAUUUGAAGAGAAUGGAUCAUUUGAAAGUAUGGGAAAAAGAUGUUGAACAUGGUGGAACUAAAUUUGAUAAAUAUCAUGUGAUUGAUUCUUGGACGUAUGACCGCUUCGUCGAGGCAAGACAAAAUUAUCAACAAGUGACUACACGAAAUUUGCAGCAAUGGGCUUUAGCUGCAGCCAGCCAGUUUCCUAAUCUUCAAUUUACAGCGUCCGACCCAUGGGUAAAAAAAUUUAAACAAAGACACAACAUUCGUCAACGCAAAAUUACAAAAUUUGUAACAGACAAAGAAGUUCACACCAUGCCAGAAAUUAUCGCCUCUGCAGAAAUGUUUCGCAUUCAAACAAAACAAUUGAUAUCUAACUUCGAUAGUGACUUCGUUAUUAAUACAGAUCAAACAGGAUGUCAAUACCAAUCAAUGUUUAAUAGGACACUGACGGAAAAAGGAAGCAAAACAGUGUUUGCAAAAGUACAAGACAUGACCAAGGUGUCACACUCAUAUACUGCACAAUAUAGCAUAACAUUAUCUGGAAAAUUACUACGACAUGUUUUUAUUUGUUUGCAAGAGCCUACAGGUGAUUUUGGGCCAAGAAUAAAGAAAAACGUAGAAGAAUAUUUAAAAAAAUACAAAAAUGUUAUUGUCACAUCAUCAAAAUCAGGAAAACUGACAACUACUCUCUAUAAAAAUUUUCUAGAGAAAUGUUUAAUGCCAUAUGUUCAAAAAAAUAAAUUUCUUUUAAUUAUUGACUCGUGGGCAGGACAAGUGAAGCCAGAAUUAUAUGAUGAAAUAUUUCAGGAUGAUAAAAAAAUGCCUACAUGCACAUUUAAAGUUAUACCUCCAAAAUAUUGGAUAGCUCCUGAUUCUACUGGCAAGCAUGCGAUAUCAAUUAAACAUAAAAAUGCUGUUGACAAAGAUAAACAAGCAAAAUUAUGUCGUCCAAUAAACGUGAUAAAACCUUCUAACAAUAAAGUUAAAGUUGCUGAACUUCAACUAGCUGCAUUUAUAGCAGAACAUACAUCAAUUAUCACAGUUGAUCACUUGACAAAAUUGUUAAAAAAAAUUGAACCGGAUUCGGAUGUUUUUAUUGACGCAACUGCUAAUGGUAUUCAUUUGACUUUAAAAUUACAAUUAGAAGCUGAUGAACUUUCUUUAAAAAAUUUAGUUGGUAUUGGAGUUGAUGGUGCAAAUGUGAUGGUUGAUGUGAACCAUUCUGUUUCAUCGCUUUUGAAACAAGAAGUACCUGAUAUUGUAAUUAUCAAAUGGCCAUCAUUUUGGUCAGAAGUUUACGAGGAUCGUGAUUCAGGAGGUAAUAAAAGAUUUGAAAAUGUUUCUAAAUUUGCUUUAGCACUGUUAACUACUCCCAUUUCAAAUGCUGAUGUUGAGAGAGCAUUUUCCAUAUAUGCUGUGAUAAAGGAUAAAUUAAGGAACAAGUUAGCACUAAAAAUGGUUCAGAGUACUAUGAUGGUUAAAUUUUCAUUAAAACGAGAUUACGAACAGUGCACUUUAUUUGUGCCCACUAAAGAAAUACUGAGCAGAUUUACGGUACACAUGUAUGGUUUCAAAAACGAUACUGAAAAACCUACAGAAGUAAACUUUGUGUGGAUACCAUCUCAUCAAGGCAUUCCAGGCAAUGAGAGUGUCGAUGAGCUUGCCAAAGAAGCCACCACCGGGCACCACGUCAACCCCGAAGCACUGCUACCCUGGAAAGACGCAAAGAAAUCACUGGAAAAAUUCGUACUUGCCUACUAG